ACAAAUGUGUUACGAAAUUAAAAAAAAUUGUUAAGAGACAUUAGUUUUGUGGUAAAGGUAACUAUAAUAUAGAUGACUUUCUUAAUGAUACCAUUUAUUGGAAAUGGAGCAAUGUAUGUUAUGAAAUAUUAUUUUAAUAAAAGAGAAGAAGCCACUGAGUGUCUUACGUCCGUUCUCUUCAGGGCUGAUAACAGGUGCAGUGUAAAAGCGUGAACGAAUGAUAAGUUGUUAAGUGACAAGAUGCUGAAUACACACCGGAGAGAAGAUCUAAGCCUGACUCCGGUGAUCACAUUUACCUCGUGACUGGCUCACUGUGGAAAUGAAAAGAGAAAAAUACAAGAGAUCCAUUUGUAUAUUUCGGCUGGGUGAGCGAUGAAGGGGUGGUUCGACGCUUUCCGCGAGGAAGGCGGGCCGACCCUGUACGCUUACCACAACCGCACAGCAGUAGCUGCCGACCUCCCGGCCCUGGCGCUCGUGGUGGCAGCCCUCACCAUCUACCUGGCAUUCCUGGCGGUGUUCCCCGGCGUCAGGAAGGAGAGAUUUUCAACAUUCACUAUAGUCUCACUCAGCCUGUUCGUUGGAACUGUUAUCCUAGUGUCCAAGCACGGUUCCUCAUGGCACGUGGCAGGGACUCGCAUCGCUCGCGCGGCCUACAAAGCAUUCUCAGCAGAACGACUCGACUGCUGGCUCGCAAUACAUGUCGGACUUGGACACGUCAAUGUCACCCUCACAGCACUAUCCUGGGGAAACAUAUCAAGAGGUGACCCUGGUGUGGACUACAACGAACAGUUUCGAUGGGAGGAAGCAGGAGCUAUCCAGGAGUUCUAUCACGAGGGUCUGCUGCGAGGUCUUCCGUAUCCGUUGCUGUCGGUGGCCGAGCACUUCGCUGUGGAGCACGAUGGGUUCGAGUGGGGUGCUAAGUAUAGAGCUGCAGGGUAUACCACCACGACUCUACUCUGGACCGCAUUCGCGUUAUGGCUCGUCAUGAAUCUGUUGCUGGUAGUUGUACCUCGGUACGGGGCCUACGCGAUGACUACUCUGGGAGUCACGCUGUGUACGGCUGCGGGAGGCUACUGGGCAUCUCUACCAUAUGACCCACUAGUGGUCAGGUUGGAUGGAGCCAUGCUGUUCUUUUCACUAGGAUGGUGCUUCUGGCUUGUCCUGAUAGCAGGUUGCAUUUGCGUAGUAGUAGGGUUAUUUAUAGCGAUAUUGGAUCUCGUAUGGCCGCACCGGUUCUCCACAGUAUUAGAAGUAGACUACGACACUCCGUACGACAGACACGUGCUAAUCGUGGACAGCAGGCAGCGGGCCAGACCUCAAACACAAGCCUCCUUACCCACUAGGAUACUGAGGAGGCUAUCAUCCAAGACCCGUGACCCUGAGCGGCAGGUGUCCAUGUCAGUGGUGAAUGAGAACGGAGAGAGAGGACGUGACAACCCGGCAUUCCACCAUGAGGUCAGGAAGCCGAACUCCCCGUGGCGGUACCCGCUGUUCAGGCGACAAAUUGAUCGCGUGGAUUCUGCAUCAAGCUUAGGAUCCAGUGUAGCCGGGAAUACUUCCGGUAUCAAAAUGUCGCCUCUAGUCCGGAGUUCCAUGUCGGCUUCCCGAUCAAAUUUGCCACCGCACCGAUACCGUCCUCAAGUGCCUGCAACUGAGCGAGUUAAGGACAUGUGGUGAUCAAGAUCAAUGCAAGUGCCAAUUAUUAAAACUAUAUAGAACUGAGUGCUGUGCAAAAUAUUUACGAUUGGUGUGACUAACUAAGUGUAUAAUCAUGUAAAUAUGUAAAUUAUUUUAGAAUUAACUUACUAGUGUGAUCCGGUAUUUCCGUCCAGUGUCAUAGAGAUAGGUUUCAGAUCAAAACUGUAUAUGAAUAUCAUGUAAUAAUUUUGCUAAGUAGGAAAUAUUUUACAAGUAUAGUCAGCUCAAUAGUAAGAUUAUCAAUUUUUUAAAGUAAAGAAGUUUUUAUGUAUGCUUUGUCAAGAAUUUUGAAUGCCAAGCAAAGGAGUCGAUUUGUUUGAUAUUGUAUUUGACGAUAAACCUUGUAUAAGCGUUGAGCGCGAUCGGCGCAUGCGACACAUUACAGAGUAAUAGAACAGUACUGUAGGUAAAUUCAUAUCAUAGAGCGCUUGAAUCGACGCACGCACACAUACACACGAUUUGCAUGGUCGCUAAGCAAUGUUGGGAAGAUAAAACUAUUGCGUGACAUGCCGUACGCCACCGAGACUGGUCGCUUUCUGAGUUUUAUUAGCUGCGCCGCGCCGUCCUUGUCGUCAAUCUUUUUGUAUGCACGAGCCCUAACGCUUGGCCCAGAUAGGCCCAGGUAGAAAUUUCGAGUAGAUUGUUCUAUUACUUCUACUGUGCAUGAGCGGCGUGUCUUCCACAACGAGAGUUUUAACAUCUGCCGAGUGCCGACUUUAAUAACACCACUCAUGUCCGUCUGUAAAAUAAUAUUUUUACCUUUCCUUGUAUUUUGUUAACAUUAAGCAGUAUCUGUAAUAUUUAAUAACCACGACACAAGUGAAUAAUUUGUGCCAUGUAACACACAUACCUACGUAGAUUAAAUAAUUUUAGAUAAUUAAUUAAAUAUUAUUAAAAUGUAACUGUCAGUGAUAUUGUUGUGUUACCUUUUAUAUUAAUUAUAUAAUGCAGAAAAACAUGUAAGAUGUUUUUACAUUUUCAACAGAUUUAUUGAGUGUAUUUAAAUAAUUGAGUAAUAAAAUACAACAUUACAAUUGAACGGCCUUACAAAUAAACUUAGUAUAAAGUUAUAACUAAGCAUAAACAAAGAAUAAGAAAAAUGUUCACAAUAUCCUUGACAACACUGUCAAUACAAUGACAAUUCUGAAGUUUUCUGAAUGACAAGCUGCCUUGCAAAUAAACGCGGGAAACGUUAUAUGUCCGAACAAACCAAUCAUAAGCGAAAUGUCUAUUUGUAAACAUUUUGCAUUUUCUUGGUUUAUGAUUAGUUAUCAUUUUAUGCCAUUUUUAUUUGUAAGGCCGUAAAUGUAUUUUAUCAAAUGGAAGCUGAAAGUGUUAAUGCUAAUCGAUACGAAAAUCGGAAUGUAUUAAGUAUUAUUAUUUAUUAAGAUUAGGUACAUAGAUGUAAAAUAAAUAAAUACAAAAAAAAGCUCUUAAAGUCAAUUAGGUUUAGAUGCAAUUAAAAUAAGUUAUUUAUUUUGUUAUUUCCUUCAACAUAAUACACUUCUUUUUCUAUAGUUUUCAUUAUUUUUAUUUCAGAUAUUAAUUCCAUUCAAUCGCAACCAUUUUAUUAUUUAUCUAUAGGUACACCUGGUCGACUUUUCUUGAUUUCAUUUCGAUUUAAAUUGUAAUAUUUUAGUACUUAUAGGUUAUUUGAAAUUGAAAAGUGAGAAUAAAAAUGAAUAAUAUUAUUAAGCGAUAUAAAAUAAAAAUAUCGAAUACCA